UGUACUACCACCGUCAUCAGCCAAUGAUGGUCCACCAGCUCCUCUGCCGACAGAUGCCAAAGAAAAAAAUCGGCUGUUGCCGUCCUUCACCAAACACUUGCCACUUUUGCUACUGGUGUCAAAGUUUAUCAGCCCUGCGGAAAGAUUCCAGCUGCGUCAAGCACCAGACCAAGAACAGUUAAGGCUCACGAUAUCUAUAUUCAUCUUCAGCUUCACAGAGGGUUGCUACUUGUCUCAGUUUCCUUCUUGGAUAUUGCUGAGAAUACUCUGACCAUAAUGAAUUACUGUGAACGCUAAGAAAAGUCGUGCAGGAACAGGAUUUGGAGACGGCAUGCCGUCGAGAAGCUGCUUUCUUCUGCCAGGAUUUUUUAGAAAAGCGAUU